AUGAAGCUCCCUCACUCCGCGAAAAUGCGCACGGACUACAAACCUGAGGAAGUGCGAACGGAGGUACUGCCUCUCUUCGAUUCGAAGACAUUCUGGAAACAACUUUCGUACAAAGCGCAGACGCGAUUGCUACCCAAGCUUGUACCUAAGCCACUUAACGUUACCUCUCCUACCAAGAAGAAACUACCAGUUGACCGUGCGCUCGCGGUAAAGUUUCCAGUCCCUAGCGACAAAGACAAAGCGAAAUUGCAGCUUCGAUUGUUGAGCAAUCAGCCAGUAGCUCUCGCCCCGAUGACUUCCGCGGCGAAAUCAGACGCGCUUCUUAAAGCACCUCAGCGGCCCACAAUCCCCAAGAACAAGGAUGAACUCGACGCCUUCCAAAGGAAGUUGUUAGAUCUGUUGAAGCCUUUUGAAGACCAAGAAAGUGUCACGCUCCCUCGGAAAGUGCGCCAGUUCCCAGAGAUCACCCUGACUUGUCCAGAAGAAGAACCCGACACCGUCGAGCAUCAACAACGCGACUUUCAGUACCGCUACUGCAACUCAAAAGCCCCCCAGAAGCACGUCUUCACUUCCGAACGAAAAUUGGCGUAA